AGGAAAACUAGUUAAUUCAUUUUGGGAAAUAUUCAAAGAGUAAAGUGUAAUUAAAGAGUAGUGUUGUAUAGUAUUGUUUUUACAUUGAAAUUCAGUCAAUAACAGCACAGAAUGGGCAGUGUUAUUUUUUUCAGGUUUUUCAGGUCUUCAAUGCUAAAAAGGACAUUUUGGAAAUCACUUAGGUUAAAAUCAAUGAACCAAACUCAAUGAAAACCUGUGUAAAAUUGUUAAAGUUACAGCAGGUUUUGAUGUAGCGCCAUCUGUUUAUUCUGUCCCAAAAAUAUAAAUUUUUUUUAACUUGCGUUUUUCCUUGUUACCGCUUGAGGGCGAUAACGGAAGUAAUUUGUUUUUGAAUUGUCGAAGCUGUUCGGAACGAAGUAGAGAUUGAUUUAGAAAGCUGUUAGGCACUGUUAUGUCCACCAGGCGUCAGCAGAGAGCAGCAGAACGGAAGCCUCUCACAGACAAAUGGCGUCUCUCCAGCGUAGAGCAGCUGAUUUCCUACAGAGCACGGAAGCAGGGACGGAGCGGAGGUAAACACAACACCGCCCCUGGAUUCCUGUGCUCAGCCUCUGUUCUCUGUGUCGCGCACUGGCGGCGGAACAUCGCGCCUUCGUGGGCGAUCGUUGUUUAACCGCUGAACCGUUGCACAAACAACCACGCAAGACAAGACUGGACAGUGUGCUGUGCAAACCCGGCUCUGCUUAUUUAUCUGCAGUCACUGGGUUUUCCUUGUUUUUCUUUUUUGCUUUGCUGAUGGUAGUUGGUGUCACUGUAACACCGGGGCCUGGACUACGGCGCUGCAGGCGACAGUAGCAGGUCAAAUGUUUCCACCCGGACGCAGGAGGGACACAUAAGCAACAUGGGCAUCACUCCUACAGAGAUAUCAUCAUCAUCAUCAUCAUCCACCUCCUCUACAUCCUCCUCUUCCUCCCCCUUCAACGCCUGACUCUUCCGUAAUCCAAUUCAAGAGAUCAUCUUUUCAAACCCUUGCUGUGGUUACAGCCACCAAGACGGCAGUAUCUCCAAAAGCCAGCUCUGUGACGGUGAAGAUGACCACUGCGCGGUACCGACCCACCUGGGAGCUGGCCAUGGACCCUCUGGUGUCGUGUAAGCUGUGUCUUGGAGAGUUCCCGCUGGAGCAGAUGACCACCAUCACUCAGUGCCAAUGUGUCUUCUGCACCUUGUGCCUGAAGCAGUAUGUGGAACUCCUUAUUAAAGAAGGCCUUGAAACUGCAAUUAGCUGCCCCGAUUCUGCCUGUCCUAAAAGAGGACACCUGCAAGAGAAUGAGAUCGAGUGCAUGGUGGCCACGGAGAUGAUGCAGAGAUACAAGAAGCUUCAGUUUGAACGUGAAGUGCUGCUGGACCCUUGCCGGACGUGGUGCCCCUCCUCCACCUGCCAGGCAGUGUGCCAACUGAAGGAGUCUGACUCUCCAGCGCUGCCCCAGUUGGUCCAGUGUGCCGUCUGUGCCCUGGAGUUCUGCUCAGUCUGCAAGGCCAACUGGCACCCAGGACAGGCCUGUCAGGAAAACAACCUGUCCAUCACCUCCUUUCUACCAGGGGAGAACAGUCCUUUUUACAAGAACGAAGAGGACGAUGCGCCGAUCAAGCGCUGUCCUAAAUGUAAAGUUUACAUUGAGAGGGACGAGGGCUGUGCACAGAUGAUGUGCAAGAACUGCAAACAUGCCUUCUGCUGGUACUGUCUGGAGUCACUGGAUGACGACUUCCUCCUGAUCCACUACGACAAAGGGCCCUGUCGGAACAAACUGGGCCACUCCAGGGCGUCCGUUAUCUGGCACAGAACACAGGUCGUUGGAAUCUUCGCUGGUUUCGGCCUACUCCUCCUGGUCGCCUCCCCCUUCCUCCUGCUGGCCACUCCAAUCGUCCUCUGCUGCAAGUGCAAGUGCAGCAAAGGCGACGACGACCCGUUGCCAACUUAAACCCAUCAUCAGAGCCAGAGUGGGCAGCGAUGGGCAGCGAGCCGACGUUUGUUUCCUUUUCAGACUCUUGUGUGUUCUCCCCCUCCCCCACCAGCUUUAAAUGCUUCAUAUUUUGGCAGAGCCUGCACCAGCCACUGGGGGUCACCUCCACAACCGUCGCUCUGCAUGAGUAAAAAGGCAUGGUAGAACUGCGACACUUUACUUUUGCCACGAUGCAGGUGCAGAGCUUAAGGUCAGAGAACGUCAGACUUGACUGAGGACCUACAAAGACCUCUGUGGACGACGGUGGUGGUCUACGCCUGUGGAGAAAGACUGAGAGAAGAAUUUAUUUUUGUCUUGUGUGGACAUCGUCCUGCAGAAGCCUCUGCUGGGAAGAAAAACAAAAAUCUUUUUCUCUUCAUUUUUUUGUUGCAUAAUAACAAAACUCUUUGUUUCCUCCACCACCACCACCUGAUGUAGCUCUACAGGUUCAGUCUGUAGCAUUAAGAGCGCCCCCACUCUGGUGUGGCAUUGUCUGGAUUUGCACACAGAACUUUUUUUUUUUUUCCUUCAGUCACAUUCAGGACUGAGGCGUUUUGGACUCGACUCGGUGUUUUCACCACGUUCUCUUGAUGAUGUCAAUGUUUUAUAACCUGUCGCUUUUCCUAGAAUCGUGCUCCCAGUGGCGUCUCCGUGUCGUACUUUUUAGGUGUUUACCGCUGGUUUGAUACGAGAAUUAAAGGGGAAGACCACUCGAUGCCAAAAAGAUGCACUAAAAUUUUUCUGUUUUGUUUUUUAGUAACAAUUGACAACUGUUUUUGACCCUUUAACAGCUUUUAUUCUAGUUUUUGGUCCGUUUUUGUAAACGUUGAUCUGUUGGACAAAUUCCAGAUUAAAAGAAGAAAAAAAAUCCAGACAUCUUCAGUAGGGAGAGGAGAGUGGUGCUCCCCUUUAAGGUGAAGAGAACAGGUCAGAUCAGAGGACUUUUGUGGGACCAUUCAAAUACUUUACCAAAAUAAGAUGUCACUCCACAGUAGAUCAGCCAAAAAAAGAAAAAAAAGCCUUAAAUUAAUAGAAGCCAAAAUCAGGCAUUUUUUCCCUCUGUUUUACAAAAAUGAGGUCCACAAAUUUCCAGGGGAUGCAUGUUUAAAGAUUUUUUUUUUAAUAUGAGAUAGUCAUUAAAGCCCUUUAAACUGAGAUGAUUCUAUGAUGUCAUCCAUGCGUCAUGCUGUUUAUAGCCAUACUGUAAAAAUACAUUCUCAGAUUUCCUGACAAACUGCUGUUUCCUCAGCCUCUCAGAGCUUUAGACACUGACCUGGGAUCAGAUUUCAGACUCAACGAAACACAGCGGUCCACUUUGCGUAUGUUAGCGUUCUUUUGCCGUGUGAUAAUUCUUCAGAAACAAGCAGCUAUUCUUGGCAGGGACGUCUGAAAAGCCUACAGUGAAAAACACCAGAAUGUUCCGUCGUAUUUGGACAAACGUUUCUGAAAAACUGCUCUGUUCUGUAUCACUUUAUCUAUGCAGGUUUGUACAUCAUGUCCAAGGCUUUGAUUGGUUACACUCGGUGGGACUAUACAGUGACAUCUGCAGGAGUCGCGGUAUGUGUGCACGUCAUUUAUCAUUAACCACGUUGUUGGAUUUUUUUCAGGUUCCUAAAUGUAUUAAUGUUUUUUUUUUCCUGGAAAAAUCUAAAUUGUUGACCAAAUUUUUCAAAAUGCUACUUCCUAUUGAGUGGAAAACAAGGGUAAAAAGAUGAACUAGACUGUUCUCGUACACCUCUUAGUACUCUAGUACUGCUUUUUUUUUUUACAUCUUCCAGAAAAGUUGGGACACUUUUUAAGUAAAUUUAGACACAUUGCAUACAAAAAAUACCAAAAAAUUUGGAAUGGAAGGAGAAAAUAAACCCCCAAAAAAAAGCUACAUUCUGGCAGGUUUUUUAACCAGUAAUAGUUUGAAAAGGAGUAAGAAUUAUUGGUCACUUUUAAACCUCAAAGAAAUUUAGCACAAAAUUUGGGCAGAAAGAGUCAUGUAAUGGUGACGGACAAAUACUGGGGGACACACAAGGGACAUACAGUGAUGAUUGUGCAGAUAUAAUAAAUUCUCUGGGUUAAAACUUUUUUUGUCACAAAAUUGUUUUUUAAAGUAUUUAAUCAUUUUUGAAGGUGUACCAUCAUUGUUUGAACAUAAUUGAUUCUUUAUUCCUAGUGUUUUAUCAGUUUUCAUGUAGCAUGACAUCAGAAACGAGGCUACAGUUACAAACUGAGGAUGGUCAAUAUAGCUAACAACAGUAGCUAAACAGCUAAGCUAAAUUGUAGCUAAUCACCAUCACCUCCCUCCAAAUCUGUAAAAACACAGCUUGUAUUAUUAGCAGCCUUUCAUUUGAUUUGUAGCCAGUUCUCUCUGACCUCACAUGGAAAUGAACAUUUAAACUCAAAGCCAAUCUGUUUUUGUUUGUUUGUUUUUUACAUAAGUGAGUUGUAAGUUUGUGUCAUUUUCUUGACAAUCGUGCCAAACAGACUUUUAGGAAGAGUCAAGAAAACAGCGCAGGAAAAAAGAAAUUCAACGCUUCUCUGUGUAAGAACUUUUUUUUGUAUCGUUUUAAUUCAGAAUGAUUGGGUGAUCUGUGUGUUUCACUGCUGAAAUCAGCGUCAGCUCAACACAAACAAAGGACAGGUUAGCGAGUGACACUUUACCUGAUUUGGUGUUUUUUUGAAGAUUAUAUUUUCAGGGGUCGUGGCAUAAUCAUCAUAAAAAAAGAUGACUUUUACACCCACCUCCACCAAUCCUCCCUAAAGGCACAAGUCACAAACUUUCAGUAUUUUUUCCCCACAUUUUUGCCUGCUGUACAUACUGUAUUAUGCAACAUACAGAAAAGGGCCAAACGACACUUAUCACAACAACAACAGCAUAAAAUCAACUAAAACUGUUUUUUUUUUUUGUUUGUUUUGUUUUAAGAACAAAAAAAAUGUCAAGAAAAAAAACAAGUUCAGCACAGAUUUUGGAAUAAGACUAAAACUAAUUUACAAGCUUGCUUCUAUUACCUGGACCUUGAAUGGGACAGAAAAAAAAUGAAAUAAAUAAAUAAUAAAAGUUUAUUUUACCAAAGCUUGAGAUGAAUUUACAGUUUUAUCCUAAGGUCAAGUGAUGAGCAGCAAAUUUAUAUUUAUAACCUGAGCAGAAAAGAAGAAGCUGCAUGAUUUUUUCCUCUUACUAAAUGUUGAAUAUUACGAUAUUGUAUCCUCAAACCGUUGUUCAGUGACAGCAGUCACUCUGUUGCUCACAUUUUUUAAAGUGUUUUGAUGUAAAGUGUCCUCCAUUCGCGCGUCGUCGUUGCCGAACUGCAGUUAUUUUAUUUUCAAGGAGCAAAAAAUCGCCCGUUGUGAUUGGUCGCUCAUCUAACAGCAUUCACAUAUUGUGGAGUUUUGAAGACGGAAGACAUUGAUUUGCCAAGUUAGUGAGGACAGAAAUAAACAUUGUAAAAUGACAUUUUUGCAUCAGUUCUGUAACAGUAUGUCAACGGUUCCACUAACACUGUGACACCUGGUAUUUAAAGGGGUAUUGGUGAUUUUUCUUUUCUUUUCCUCCAUAUAUUUGUACAUUUUCUUAAGUCAGUUCGAACUGACGUCUGACGGGCUUUCAGGCUGUGAAAUGGCGACCUCUGCUGUUUAGAGUGUGUAUUUUACUCCGAACCGUCGUUGGUGGUUAUAUUAAAAAGAAUUUGUGUUUAAAAACC